GUGCUGUGGCCGGAAAUUCCGGUGUAAAUUCGCGCGCGCUCAAACGUCAGUGAAGCAACUACAGGGUACAGUUAGCAGUCUAAGUUUUGUUAUUGUUUUUUUUUCACAUCUAUAUGUCUGCAUGAUAACUUUAGAAAUGCCAGCUGCUGUUUACGACCAGGCCUCUCUACCGGACCUAUUGCCCCUGUACUACCGCCGACUUUUCCCAUUCUCUCAAUAUUACCGGUGGCUUAACUAUGGAGGAGUGACAAAGAACUACUUCCAGAAUCGAGAGUUUUCCUUUACGUUAAAAGAUGACAUCUAUGUACGAUAUCAGUCGUUCAGCACACAGAGUGAACUGGAGAAGGAGAUGCAGAAAAUGAACCCAUACAAGAUUGACAUUGGAGCCGUCUACAGUCACAGGCCCAACCAGCACAACACAGUCAAGUCUGGAUGCUUCCAGGCAUUGGAGAAGGAGCUGGUGUUUGAUAUUGAUAUGACCGACUAUGAUGAUGUCAGAAGUUGUUGCAGUGCAGCAGACAUCUGCCCAAAGUGCUGGCCUCUGAUGACUAUUGCCAUCCGUAUCUUGGACAGGGCCCUUCGGGAGGACUUUGGUUUCCGCCACUGCCUGUGGGUGUACUCCGGCAGGAGAGGGAUCCAUUGUUGGGUGUGUGACGAGGCCGCCCGGAAGCUCUCUGUGGCGGCACGCUCCGCUGUGGCUGAGUACCUGAGUCUGGUCAAGGGUGGAGAAGAGACAGUGAGGAAAGUAGUGCUAACAGACCCAAUUCAUCCAUUUAUCAGAGAAUCUCUCGCGGUGGUGGAGCACUACUUCACCCAGUACGCACUACUGGGACAGGACAUACUGGGCAGCAAAGAGGCUACAGACAAAGUGCUGGGCCUAGUCCCUGAGGAUGUCAAAAAGGAGUUGCUGAUUGAAUUCAAGACUGAAAAAAAUCCUGAGAGGCGCUGGGGCAGACUCACAACUAUGGCCCAAAAUAAACGCACCACCGUCAAAAAGGGCCACUACUUUGAGAAGGAGAUCAUGCUGCAGUACUGUUACCCUCGGCUCGAUGUUAAUGUCAGUAAAGGAGUCAACCACUUGCUAAAGAGCCCCUUUAGCGUCCAUCCCAAAACAGGGAGGAUCUCUGUCCCUAUUGACCUUAGAGAACUGGAUCGCUUUAACCCCUUUGAAGUGCCUACUAUCAGUCUGAUCUGUGAGGAGCUGGAUCUGCCCAAGAUGGCAGGAGAGGAAGAGGACCAGGAGGACCCCAAGGAGAAUGACAAAGAAGCUGGAGAGAGACGGAAAAUAAGAGACUACAAACGAACAAGCUUGGCAAAGUAUGUAAAACUGUUUGAUCAAUUUCUGGAAGAGAUGGCCCGCUCAAGGAAAGGGGAACUUAUUAAAAAGAGUGAUCUUCAAAAGGAUUUCUGAGCAUUGUCCAAUGGAAAGCUGUCUGUUGCUGGGAUUGGUACCUAGAAUGGUUGUUCUAUAUUUCACAAAUCAGCAAUAUCAAUUCAACAACAAUUGAAAACCACCAUUGUUUAUGUAGCACAUUCUAAUUAAAAAUGACUUUGUACUUCA